GCGCCUGGAGGGCGGGCACGGAGGGUGUUAAUCCUACCAAUUCAAGCAGAAACGGGAUCUCAUUGCUGCAAGAUUCUAGUUCUCAGCAACAGAAAACUGAAGUUAAUGCAAAUCCCAAAGAGAAAGCAAGAAAUGGCAAACUUUAAUGUAUCUAAAGAUAUAUUUUUUAUUUCUUAACUUUCUCUGUGAUGUUGUUAGCUUGUUCCUGUGUUCCUGAAGUGAAACGCCUGGGCAGCCUAACAGCAGGAUUUGAUGUGUGAGGCAAGUCUGUUAUGGAGAAGGAAGCUCUGCUCGAUUUGGGGCACCUCACUGAGGUAGAACAAACCAUGAUCUUAAAUGUGUUACUGAGGGAUGCUGAAUUACAACAACAGGAGGAGGGCCGGAUCAGCAAACUGCAGCAAGUGGAGUCGGACCCUGUGCGCCUGCGCUCUCUCACGGGGGCGUGGUUUAAUGAGGAACGCGCGAAACGACAUCACAGUCGAGGGGCUGACAUCAUCCACGCCUCCAUACGCCACAAAAGACGGAGCAAAGAUUUGCCUGUGAGUUCAGCAUUUGAGGAAAAGAAAGAAGAGAAUUCAGAGAGGCAGGAAGAGAGCACAGUGGAGAACACAGAAGAUCUAGAAGACACAGGAAUAGCAGAACAUGGAAUAGAAACAGGCGAAGAAAAAAGCGAAAGUCCCAACCUCAGUGUGGUUCCUCAACCACGACCAAGGACAAGACUUGCGGCACAGAAUACAGAAAACAGAGAAAGUGUUUCAGGAGUUAGAGGAAAUGCUGAUGACUCUGACAUUGCCGAGGACAUGGACAUGCUGCGUAACACACCACCACCACUGCAGGUCUAUGCUACAGACAUACACACACAGGUUGACUCAGAGGGUGAUAUUGACUCUGGCAGCACUGAGCUAUACUACUCCAAAUUUGGCUCAAUUAACAGCUUGCACUCCAAUCAUAUGGUGAGUGGAAGCCUUAUGAGCCUAUACAGUGUUGGGGAUUUUGGGGGCAUUACCAUAACUGGGCGGAUCCAGUUCUCUCUGCAGUAUGACACCAAGAGGGAGGAGCUUUGUGUUCGUGUGUGCCGAUGUCAGAACCUAGCUCCAGCACGCAACAGCCACUCUGACCCUUAUGUGAAAGUGUACCUGCUCCCAGACAACACAUCUCGCAGUAAAAGGAAGACUUCUGUGAAGAGGAAAACCUUAAACCCUAUCUAUGAUGAAACACUGAAAUAUAAAGUGCGUCAGUCAGACCUUCAGGCGCGUGUACUCAGUGUGUCAGUGUGGCAUAUGGAGCGUGUGCGUAGGAACCUUUUCCUGGGGGAGGUGGAGGUGGGGCUUGCCCAGUGGGACUGGGGGCGGAGUCAACCAAUCUGGUAUCCCCUCAUGCCAAGGGUACAAAUGAAUCCUGAUGCUAUCCUCAGCAGAGGAACCAUCUUACUAUCGCUGAAAUUCAUACCUCCUGGCUCUGAAGAAGGAGGAUAUCCUCUGACUGGUGAGUUACAUAUUUGGCUGAAGGAGAUUGUUGGACUCAUUCCUCCAAAGCGUGGCAGUCCCAGCACCUAUGUCAAAAGCGUGGUUUUGCCAGAUGAGAGUGGCAUUAGCGGUCAGCAGACGCGUGUGGUCCGUGGCUCGGUCAGUCCCCUGUUCAACCACACAAUGGUGUAUGAUGGCCUGCAGCUCAGUGACCUCACACAGGCCUGCACUGAGAUCACUGUGUGGAACUCAUCCGCAUGCUUGGGAGGAGUACGUCUGAGCAUGGGCUCAGGUGUGAGUUAUGGUCAGAUGGUUUGUUGGAUGGACUCCACUGAAGAGGAGAUCAGUGUGUGGAAUACAGUGAUCAAAAACUCCAACGCCUGGGUGGACACUGCUCUGCCAAUCAGAACCAACCUACGGCUGUGUUCAGAGUGACAUGCCUAUCUAAGGUGGCUUU